AUGAGAAAAUAACCACUUUCAAGUAGAUCAAGCUUUUCUUGUAAUCCAAAGGGAAGAGAUAAACCACUUAAUGAGUCACAAGUUAGCAAUUUAGUAACAGAAAAUUAAAAGCUGCUUUAACAAAAUGAUAAGCUGAUAUAAUAAUUGGAACAUUUAAGACAAGAAUACGAGUCGUUAGCUACAAGUGGAAUCCAAAGUAUUAAGAGUCAAAGGAGUAAAAAAAUAGAAUUUGAAUAAUCAUCAGAGGAAAUGAGUAAACUGAAAAUAUAAAAGGAAAAACUGAUUGUGGAUAAUGAGUGUUUAAGAAGAACAAUAACUAAAUUAUAAUAUUAAUUGGAUGAAUAGAACAAAUAUAUUGAAAAUUUGUAAAGAUCAUAAAAUGACUAUGAAUAAUUAAAAUAACGUUUAGAAGAAACAGUUUAAGUAGUUAAUGACUUAGAGAUAUAAUUACAAGAGUAAUACUAAUAAUAAAAAUAAUUUGAAUAUAACUAAAAAGUAAUAACACUAAGUAAUCAGGAUACACAAGAUCAUCUAUCAUCUCACCAAAAGAUGAAUGAAAUACAAAUCAGUUAGCUUAAAGAACAAAACAAUAAACUCAAUAAGUUACUUGAGGAAAGGUUGGUUUAGUUAGAGAAUCUAACAAAAUUAUUAAACUAACGAAAUGAAGCCUACAAUAAAUUACAAGAAAGUUAUGAUCAAGAUAUCACCGAUAUGAGAUAACAUAAUUCUAAAUAGAAAUCCCAUUCCUCUGAUUUUGAGAGGAAAGCCUUGCAGAUUUAAGUACAUUAGUUGAAAUAAUAAGUUGAAAAAUGUCAAUAAAAUAAUUGUCAGCACAAGUCAAAGGUCUAAUAAAAGAAUGAUGAAGAAUAACAAAAAAUAAUUUAGGAUCUUUAGUCAAUGUUAAAAUAGAAAGAACAUCAAAUUAAAGUUCUUGAAUAAUAAUAAGAAGAACUCUCAUAGAAUGCUAAAUAAAUUUAAACUGCAAUUGCCUCAAAUAAUUUUGCUAAUAAUUAGAAUUAGUAGAUUUUGCAAUAAUAAGUAUAAACACUGAUUAAGGAAUUAGAGGGGCAAAAAUAGCAGAAUCAUAAAAUUAUUUAUGAUUACAAUUAAUUGAGAAAUCUGAAUUAGUAAUUGAAUGAGAAAUUGAACUUCUAUAGUUAAAGUUAAUAGAAAAUGAUUCAUAAUUAUUCUCAUUCAUUUGUCUCAUCUCCUGGAAGAUUAGACACUUAUCCAAUUAAGACUACUUCAGCCUUAACAAAUAGAACCAAUUUUAUGUAAAACGCUCCUGAUUCCCCAUUCAGAAAAUAGAAACUUCAUUUAUUAUUUACGGAUGAUUAGUAAAAAUUAGCACCCAAUUUGUCUACAAAAAAAAUCGUUCAAGUGGCAUCAAAACUAUUUGAAGGAGAUUAAAACUAAUAGCCAAACAAAGAUAGAUUUAUACUACAUGACUGA